AUGUCACAACCGACCCCACGUGGUCGUAAAGCUCCGCCGGAAGAAGAAGAUGCCGCGAAACUUGCAUUCGGGGAAGAUUUUGAGCAUGCAGAGUUCUUGUUCAUUUCUGAGGCAGCGUUACUUUUGGAACGUACGCCACCAGGACAAGCUCAAACUAGUAACUUUCAAAAAACACAAGCAUAUGUAAACACAUUCAGUAAAUUUCACAAUCAAGAAGCAGUGACCGAACUUCGAAAAACCUUACUCAAAUACAAUAUCCACAAGUACGAAUUAGCACAAUUGGCUAACUUGUGUCCGGAGGAGGUUGAUGAAGUGAAGUCAUUAAUUCCAAGCCUCCCACAUAAACUCGAAGACGAAAAAAUUCGACAAAUAUUGGAUGAGAUUGCUGCUUUGAAAAAGUAUCAAUCUCAAUGA